AUGGCUCCCAAGGAUGAGCAGAACGAGCCAAAGGGGUCGGAGGAGAAGCCGGUUGAGCAGCAGAGCUCCGAAUCGCUGAAGAACCCCGAAUAUAAAGCGCCAGACGACAAGGAGGAAAAUCCAAUACUAUCUCAGGUUUUGGCAGCGGUCAAGAGGCUUGAACUUGAUCAGGAGAGAUUGAGUCUCUUGCUUGACGCGAUGAAUGGACGUGUCGAGAACAUCUCUUUCAACAAGGACAUUGUCAAGAUGAUGACAGAGGAACAAGCUCUGGACAGAGAAUUCCCGCCGGAAUCGAUGCCUGCACUGACCACGGAAGAGGACGGACGUUUGAGAGCCUCCGAUGACGAAGCCACAACGAUACCCAAAGCAUCGACUACGAAUAAAGCUCCGAAGCGUGGUGGAACAUCACGCAUCAUUCUCACGACCUACCCCGGACAAUCGGGUAUUGACCCUAUCAAGAUGGAUUGGGGUAACAUGGAUCCAAAGGCUAGAGGGCCCGUUGUUGUGAGCAGACAGUAUGAUACCGUCCGGCGACGAAAUGACUUUACCGACACCGAGCCUGCUGCGAAGAUUGGGCCGUUCCCGCAAUGGGGUGAUAAGAAAAAGAUUGUCGCCAUGGAUCCGUGGGGCCAUCUCGCGCCAUGGCUCUUUGAAGACCUGAGGACGGACCAUGAGCUUGAUAUCCGCCCGACCAUCGCCAUCACGCGAGCUCAUAUGAAGCUGCCAGAGCUUGCCGAUAGUGUUCGAGAGGGAAGAUUGGUACCUGAUGGAAAGAUUUGUCUUAACCAAUCGGGAGAACUAGCCGUUACGAAGAUCGCCGUGGAGCCUGUUUGGUAUCUUCCUGGGGUAGCUGAGCGGUUCGGCAUAGAUGAGGGUACUCUGCGUCGUGCUCUUUUCGAGGUCACCGGCGGAUCGUUCCCAGAACUCAUUACUCGAGGAGACAUAAAGGUCUUCCUACCACCAAUUGGGGGGCUGACAGUAUAUGUCUUCGGUGACCCAGCUAAAAUGGCCGACCCAAAUGUCAAGCUAGCUCUGCGCGUCCACGAUGAGUGUAAUGGUAGUGACGUGUUUGGUUCUGAUAUCUGCACCUGUCGUCCAUACCUGAUCUUCGGAGUGGAAGAGGCCGUCAAGGAGGCACAGAAGGGCGGCAGUGGAGUGGUCAUAUACUUCCGAAAGGAAGGACGAGCACUCGGCGAAGUCACGAAAUAUCUGGUCUAUAAUGCCCGUAAACGAGGCUCUGAUCGUGCAAGCGAAUACUUCCAGAGAACCGAAAAUAUCGCCGGUGUUAAGGAUAUGCGCUUCCAAGCUCUCAUGCCCGAUAUUCUGCAUUGGCUAGGAAUCACCAAGAUUGAUCGAAUGCUCAGCAUGUCCAACAUGAAACACGACGCCAUUGUGGAACAAGGCAUCCCGAUCAUUGAGCGUGUACCCAUUCCAGACGACUUGAUUCCCGAGGACAGCAGAGUUGAGAUUGAUGCAAAGAUCCAUGCUGGUUACUUCACAAGCGGAAAGGUCAUGAAUAUGGAGGAGCUUUCGAAUGUCCAAGGACGUCCAUGGGACGAUGUCGAUACCCGAAUCGCAAACAUGGCUGUUGGAAAGAAUAAGCGUCUAUCAAAGGGCAAGAAGGGCCUCAAGAAGAGAACCGUGGACCCUUUCACACGAAAGGAUGAGUACCUCGUGAAGGCUCCUACCACCUUCCAAGUCCGAGAUGUUGGUAAAACCCUGGUCAACCGAACCACCGGUCUCAAGAACGCAAACGACUACUUGAAAGGCCGUGUCUUCGAAGUCUCCCUCGCCGAUCUCCAGAAGGACGAAGCCCACUCUUUCCGCAAGGUUAAGCUACGUGUCGAUGAAGUACAGGGAAAGAACUGCUUGACCAACUUCCACGGAUUGGACUUCACAUCCGACAAGCUCCGAUCUCUUGUCCGCAAAUGGCAAACCCUCAUCGAGGCCAAUGUCACCGUCAAGACCACCGAUGACUACCUCGUCCGUCUUUUCGCCAUUGCCUUCACCAAGCGACGACCAAACCAGAUCAAGAAGACCACCUACGCCCAGAGCUCUCAGAUCCGUGCCAUUCGCAAGAAGAUGACCGAGAUCAUCCAGCGCCAGGCUUCCAGCUGCACUCUCACCCAGCUCACCAAGCUCGUCCCAGAGGUUAUUGGCCGUGAGAUCGAGAAGUCCACCCAGGGCAUCUACCCACUUCAGAACGUUCACAUCCGCAAGGUUAAGCUCCUCAAGUCGCCAAAGUUCGAUUUGGGUGCUCUCUUGGCCCUCCACGGUGAGGCCAGCACUGAUGACAAGGGACAGAAGGUUGAGCGGGAAUUCAAGGAGAAGGUUUUGGAGAGCGUCUAA